AUGUCUAACCUUCCAGGACUCCUCAUUGACAUUCCUCGCAACCCGAUCCUCGCCGUCGGAAUCCCCGUUGCGGUCGGCGUCGUCAACGGCUUUGCCACCAAGUCGUCCAACUACUCUGCCGACUCCGUCUGGUACAAGUCGCUCAAGAAGCCCUCGUUCAACCCUCCCUCGAGCUACUAUGGUAUCGUCUGGCCUGCGCUCUACGCCUCCAUGGGUUGGGCUUCCCACUUGACCGUCAAGGCUCUCGACCGCACCCCUCCCGGUCUCGGCCGCGACACCGCCAAGAAGGCCCUCUCGCUCUACUGGAUCCAGCUCGGUCUCAACGCCCUCUGGUCGCCCCUCUUCUUCGGCGCUGGUAACGUCGGUCUGGCCCUCGUCAACAUCGGCGCUCUCACCGGUACCGUAGGUCUCUGGGCUAACACCGUCAAGGAUGUCGACGAGACCGCUGGUUGGUUGGCCGUCCCUUACGUCGGCUGGAUGGUCUACGCCACUUACCUCAACGCCAGCAUCUGGUGGCAGAACUACGGCUCCGCCAAGUUCGGAAAGUUGAAGAAGGAAGCCAAGGACCUCUAA